AUGGAGACACCCACAGCGUUUCCCGGCGAAUCCCAAAAGCACAGCAAGAUAAUUCUCAUCGGAAAGGAUGACGGCAAUGCGACCGGUUUCGAAGUCAAUGACAAUACAUUUCUUGUCCCUCUUGAACAUCACAAUGUCGACUCCGAGCUCCAUCUAAGGAACCAGAAGCUGCGAGCUCGCCAGGAUCGCAAAUUUCCUACGGAAGAAGCCAUUGAGGAGGCUCUCCCGGAGGGAUUCUCGAUCGACUCAGCUGAGAGCUUUGGUUACAGUGCGUGGGCAAUUACGGGCAAGCUUGUUGCCCGUUCGUCGAACUCUGAGAAGGUCUUUUUCAUCAAGGCCGCGUACGGGGAAACCGGCAGAGUCAUGCUUCUCGGCGAGUUCGAAUCAUCCAAAACCAUCUAUAAACUGAUGCCAGACUUUAUCCCGGAGCCUUUUGGGUAUGGAAAGUAUAAGAAAGCAGAACUGCCCACGUACUUCUGCAUGUCGGAAUUUGUUGAUUUCGAUGUGACAAGAGCACAAGAUCCCGCGAACUUCUGCAAACGCCUGGCCGAAAUGCACGAGACGAGUCAGAACCUCUCAGACAGAUUCGGUUUCCGCGUCACGACUUGCGAUGGUAACCGUCCGCACAACGUUGAGUGGGAACAAAGUUGGGCGGAGUUCUAUCGGAUGUUGCUCCUUCACACACUUAGCUUGGAUAUCAAGAAAAAUGGCAGUUGGGACAAGUAUGAGCGUGCAGCACACCAAGUAGCUUCGAAGGUGAUCCCGCAACUGCUGGAAGGAUUAACAUGGAAGGGACAACCGAUCAAGCCUAGUCUAAUUCAUGGCGACCUAUGGGAAGGAAACACAGGCAUCAGCAAGCGGACGAACUUACCGAUGCUCUUCGAUGCCGGAUCGUACUUUGCUCACAACGAGAUGGAGCUAGGGCAUUGGGCCUCUGAGUUUUCGCCAAUAUUUGGGAAGCAGGCGUACAUGGACCGGUACCUUGCAUGCUUUCCGAAAGCAGAGCCGGUCGACGGGUUCGACGAUCGAAUUCAGCUCUACAGCCUGAAAGGUGGCAUCAACUACUCCGCUGGCCAUCGUGGUAGCCGACUCAGAACUUCGGCUUACAAUAGCAUUCUUUACCUCUGCGAGAAGUAUGCUCCGAUCGACGGCGUUGAUAAAUACGAUGAAUCGAUCGACCCGAUCAAGACUGGAGCAAAGAUUGUAUCCCACGAAGAGCUCAGAAUGAGUUGA